AUGGUUCUUGCAUUAUCAGAAGUAGCUAAACAUAAUACCAAACAGGAUGUUUGGGUUAUCAUUCACGAUAAAGCUUAUGAUUUAUCGGAUUUUGUUGAUGAGCAUCCUGGCGGAUCUGCCAUCAUCAUGAAAUAUGCAGGCAAAGAUGCGACCAAGGCAUUUGAUCCUAUACAUCCGCUGGACACUUUGACUAAAUAUUUAGCACCAAAAUACCACAAGGGUGAGGUUGAAAAGAGAGUUAACCAACCAGUAAAGAAGGUUGUCAAGAAGAAGAAGGAGAGUUCAGAAAAGCAACCACAACAGAGCAACGCUAAAUCUAAUGGAAAUGUGGUUGACGAAUAUGACGUUGAGUAUGAUGAACAGGAUGACAAGGACCCACUUCCAGUACCACAGCAGGGUUCUACAUCUGCUAGUGAUGCGAAUGAGGAUGAGGAAGAGGAAGUCAUGCUCGACGAAGAUGGAGAGCCAAUACCCGAAGAGGAAGUACAACGUCUUAAGAGGGUCGAAAAGAAGCCAGAUUUGGGUCAAAUCUACAAUUUGAACGAUUUCGAGUUUGUUGCAAGGCAUACCAUGGAGAAAACUGCUUGGGCUUAUUAUUCAUCUGGUUGUGACGAUGAGAUUACAAUGAGAGAAAACCAUUUGAGUUAUCAACGUAUAUUCUUCAAGCCUCGUGUUAUGGUUGAUGUUAGCAAUAUUGAUUUGUCAACGACAAUGUUGGGUACUAAUACGUCAGCACCAUUUUAUGUCACGGCAACUGCAUUGGGUAGGUUGGGUCACCCUGAUGGGGAAAAAGUCUUAACUAGAGGAUGUGACAGACAAGACAUUAUACAAAUGAUACCUACAUUAGCUUCCUGCUCGUUUGAUGAGAUUGUUGAUCAGGCCACUGAUAAACAAACGCAAUGGUUUCAGUUGUAUGUCAAUUCAGACAAAGAGAUUUCAAAGAAACUUAUCCAACAUGCCGAGAAAAGAGGCAUUAAGGGUUUAUUUAUCACUGUUGACGCUCCACAAUUGGGUAGACGUGAGAAGGAUAUGCGGUCGAAGGAUAUUGCUGACUUGAGUCAUGUCCAAGGAGAAGGAGAUGACGCUGACCGUUCACAAGGUGCCGCAAGAGCCAUUUCAUCAUUUAUAGACACUGCAUUGAGUUGGAAAGACUUGGAAUGGUUUAAAUCGGUCACCAAGAUGCCAAUCAUUUUGAAAGGUGUACAAUGUGUUGAAGAUGCCAUAAUGGCAGCGGAAUAUGGCUGUCAAGGUGUCAUUUUGAGUAAUCAUGGUGGUCGUCAGUUGGAGUUUUCUCGUGCACCAAUAGAAGUACUUAUCGAAUUGAUGCCAAUUUUAAGAGAACGUGGUUUGGAUAAAAAUUUCGAAGUUUAUGUCGAUGGAGGUGUUAGAAGAGCCAGUGAUGUGUUGAAAGCUAUAUGUUUGGGUGCAAAGGGAGUUGGUAUCGGAAGACCAUUCCUUUACGCCAUGUCCACCUAUGGUGACGAUGGAGUUGUCAAGGCCAUGCAAAUCUUGAAAGAUGAGAUGAUUAUGAAUAUGAGGUUGUUGGGUGUCACUUCAAUCGAUCAGUUGAAUGAAAAGUAUGUCGAUGUGAGAAACUUUAGCAAUAGAUUUGUUCCGGAAGACAAAUUAUUUAGAAAUGUUUAUCAGCCUUUGAUCAGUCCUCCUUUCAAAGAUGCUAAGUUAUAG